AUGCAAUCCGAGGAACAAGAUCAAGAGCAUGAUCUGAGCCAUCAGAUCUACCACCAGCAAGACCAGAUGAAGACGAUUUGGAGAGCGAUGCAGGAAUUGAAGUUGGGGGCAGACAAGCCGAGAUGGUCAACCCGAGAAGAAACUCAAGCAAGCUUCGAGAAGGACCAUAAGCUCUGUCUGGUGGCAAAAGGUCUCAACCCAGAUCAUCGAAACGCACCUGGAUUAAAAAUCUCUCUACCAAAGACAUGGCAACUGGUUGGUAAAGUGGAAAGUCAAAUCAAUGAUGAUGAGACUGUUAACUUCUACUUCAAAACAGAGCAUCAUCUCCUUAUGGUUUUAGGAAACCAGCCCUACACUUACAGAGGAUGGUUGGUGGCCAUAGAUCGUUGGAGCAACAAAGGAAGCCCAUCUUUCUUAAAGUACAUCCCUUUCAAGAUCCGCAUACUCGGGCUACCUGAUACUUACCGUCGUCACAGCAUUGUGGAGGAUCUUGGAUCAAAGCUCGGUCAUGUUGAAGAAGUCACUAUUGUAGAACCUACAUCAAACAGACCGGCUCGAGUCUCAGUGAAAGUCCUCUUUGAUGUUGAUAAUGAGAUCACACUAGCAAGGACGAUUGAUAUCAUAAAAGAUCAACCUCCUGUGCAACUCGAGUUCCGUUAUAUGGGUCUGCAAAAAUUUUGUACCUUAUGUGGUAGUCUCAGACACGAGUAUGAGCUGUGUCAGGAGUUCCCUAAGAUGAAGCAGAGUCAGUAUGAACUGAUGGACAAAGGUACCAACCCGUAUACAACUGCUGAAGAAAGAAAAGCUGUUAUUGGAAAGUAUAAUACCUUAAGGAGGUUGGCGAAUCAUCUGGAGUGGCGAUCUCUAUGCAACUGGAGCCAACACAAGAAGCACAAGCAGCAGUGGGAUUCUUAA